UCUAAAUUUACAGUUUUUGUUAUACCAUGCAGAGAAGCUGCCUUUGAUGGGAAAUUUUUUCUUCGUAGUGUGACAUUGGCACUUCAAUAUUUCCUGACGAAAAGCUCUUCCGACAUCAGAAUUAUCGAUGAAAAGUUGUUUUGCAGUUUAAGACUCAUCUACAGAGUGGAACAAGCGGGUCUACGAAUAGUAACAUGGAGAGCCGCGUUGUUCUAGCGUGCAUGAUAUGUUUUGUCCUGUCUCAGUCCGCGUGUGGGUCAUACAUAGGGCUCGGAAGGGAAAGAUCACCAGGACUGCUAGAAGACGUCCCUAGUACAAAUGUGGUAAAACCUGAAUUUAUCACUGAACCAGAAGACCAGUUUGUCCUGCCAAACUCACUGUCAGUCAAUUUGUUGUGCGAGGCCAGAUUUGUGUUAGACUUAACUUUUCAUUGUAGUGGUGAUUUACUUCAAAGAGAAAUUCAUGAAAGUCAAACCGAGAACCCAGGGAAGUUGCUGAUCGUGGAAAUAACCAUAUCUCAGGACCUCUUCAAAAACAAUGCUACUGAUGCUGUCUGCACUUGUGUGGCUACUGGUGAUAAGGGUCAAGUAAUAAAAAGUCAACCUGCAGCCAUCAAAAAAGCUUAUCUGGACAAAAAUAUAGUGAUUUCACCGUCUGUUAACACAAGAGUACCAAAGAACACUCUGGUCACUUUGAAAUGCAAGCCUCCAGCAGGAGUUCCAAGACCAACGGUCUCCUGGUGGAAAGAUGGUCGUCUCUUGGAUUCAAGCAGCAGAGGAGUUCUGUUUGGAACUGAUCCUAACUUCCUUGAGGUCAUCAUAAGGAAAGCAAAAAUCUCACAUGGAGGGCAUUACACCUGUGAGGUGUCAAACCUUGCUGGAAGCCAAAAGAGUACUGCUAUCAAGUUAACUGUUUAUGUUGAUGGUGGUUGGUCUGAGUGGCAGGAGUUUUCACCUUGUAAUGCACCCAAAUGUGGAGCUGGGAGGAAGAUGUUAAAACGGUUGUGUUCAAAUCCUCCACCUCAAAAUGGUGGAGACCUCUGUGAAGGUUCCAAUAUCAAAUACGAGCCAUGUCAAGACUUCUCUCCAGAUAUUAGUAUAACUUGUCCUGAUCCCAUCAACAUAUUUGUCAACCAAUCAGAUGUGAGAUUGUUGAAUGUCUCUUGGAAUAAGCCUGUUAUUCACAGUGCAGGGAAUGAUACAAAGUUCUCAGUAAAAGUUAUUCCUGAUUGGGCCCAGCCACCUGCUCUGUUUGAAGCAAAAAGUUCGGUGUAUGUCAUCAAGUAUUUAACACAGGAUAAGUGUGGAUACACAGCCAGUUGUUCCUUCAACAUCACAGUGUAUAAUAAUUCUGCCUUUGCGUGUGCAACCCCGAACUGCAAGGGAAACACUUUGGCUUCAAAAGCACCACCAGUCAUUAUUUCAACAGUUGCCUUCAGGUUAUUUUUAAUUGUCCCUGCUGUAUUACUGCUGGUGGUGUGCAUAGUCUUAUUCAUCUAUGUAAACCGGUAUAGAAGUCUACGUAAGCGAUUUGGCCUUUCUGUCGCGAGGCAAAAUGAAGGUACAGGGACACAUGCUCACGAGUGUACAUUCUGCUCAGGUCAUGACGUAGGUUCAAAGGAUAUCACAGACGAAAAAGGGCAUGUUGUAUCUCGGUGUGCAUCCUAUGCAGAGAUUCCACCACUUAAUAGAAAGUUGACUGCUGCAUCUCCAACGGGCUCGGGAGCUUUUGACUUCCAAGGAGCAAGCGAAUAUCCAGCAGCAUCAGCAUUGUUCAAGGGGCGAGGGAAGACAAUGCAGGUUGAAGCUCACGUUAACGGUGAAGAAAGGGAAGAUACUUCUCGAAACUUCAAGAGGACAUAUUCGUCUGUUAGUAACAAAUCAACAGCGUCUGAAAUCUCACGAAUGAUGUGGAACAUCUCCAACAUUCCGGAAAACGCUGAUCCGAAAAUGGUCGCUUGUGGACUUGUGGAUCACAACGGAGGGAAAUUCACAAUAGGGAAUACUGGUGUGAGCCUAACCGUACCAACAGGAGCCAUCCCAGAGGGUCGCACUGAAGGAAUUUACAUCGCUAUUGUAAACAAAGAAAAAGAACACCCGCAAAUCACUGGCAAACAGUCACUGCUGAGUCCAGUGGUUAAAUGUGGUCCCACUGGUCUCAAAUUUCAGCGACCAGUGAUAUUGAGUAUACCACACUGCGCGCUUCUUGAUAGAGGAGCAUGGAAACUCAAAGUGCAGUAUAAUGAAAGUGAACCCAGCACAAUUGCAGAUUGGAAGCAGCUGAUUGAUGUCAGCACUCAGGAUGGAACUGAGGACUCCCAUGUUUUAGUUGGACCCAAUACGGUCCAUUUGAUGGUAGAUCAUUUUACCCUCUUUGCUGUGAUUGGAGAGUCAACAGCCAAUCAGAAAGCCGAGCGAGAUUUGCAGGUUUUAGCUUACGUUACACCUCCAGAAGCCAACUCUGACUGUGUUGUGAGAGUUUAUUGCGUUGAAGGCACUCCAGCAGCAAUUGAGGAUGUACACAAUCAUGAAAUAAAGAAGUAUCGAGGUGAAACGAUUGAAUCUCCUCAACAACUUCGCUUCAAGGACGGCGGGGGAGAUCUUUUAGUCGAACUUACGGAUUGUCAAACGGGCUGGCAGCCCAGACUGAAAACAAAGAAAAUUCGUUUCCGAGACAUUUGGGAAGGCAUCCACCGCUUACCGAGUGCUACGUUUGUGUUCUCCUUGCGUGACACAACUGUGUCUGGAUUUAGUGCUCAAUUUGACGUGAGACAGGAUUGUGAAAAUGGUGACGAAAGAGAAGUCAAUGUUGUGACAACGGUCAAACGAGGACAUGAGGAAAGUACGGGACCAAGGAACGAUCAAAGGCAAUCAAACACCAGCCUCGCUGCAAGGUGCGAAGAUUCGGCAAACUUUCCUACAGGGGCAAGUUUUGCAUGCCUGAUGGAUCAUUCCACGGCAUUGUUGAAUGCAGGAUCAAUCGGUAAUCCUUGGCAUUAUCGACAGUCAGAAGUUGCUGGAGCAUGUGGGGGUAUCCCUUCCUCGUCUCCCAUGUCUGCAAGGCAGAUGUCGUCUGGAUACUUUUCUGUUGGUUUCGAGUCACUGCAAACUGUGGGUUUGCUGAGUCGCGAAUUGCGGAGUAAACUUGCUCUCAUACUUGACCCCCCACUAGAGUCCGACUGGAAAGUUUUGGCAGAUAAGUUUGGCCUCACUCAUGAACACAUUAAGUGGAUUGAUAGUAGGAAAAAUCAUUCUCCUACAGAAAUCCUCUUUAACUAUUUGGAGACGAUUGAUGUACCACAAUAUCGAUUUUCUCUGCCAAAAUUAUUAGAAAUACUGCAGCAGAUUGGUCGGGACGAUGCCUUUGAGAUUGUUACCGCUGAAAUGUCAAAGAAGAAAGAAACAGAAGUUUGAUUCCCAGCUUUAGUAGAAAUGCCACGGGAAGCAACAUUUUACACUAACAGAUCUUCAGGAGAAAAGCCUUUUAAGGCGUUUAAAGGUCUUUACGUUACAACCUUUUCUCGAAGUUGAAAUUCUUGGCAAAGGAUCUUAACAGUACAGAAGGCUAAUGUUCUCUAAUAUGAGCUGAAUUUAUGUUCAUUCCUCUAAAGAAUGAUCAUUUUCGCUUUUUUAGCACUGAACAUUGGCAAUAAGUUCCCGUUGCUCCGUAUAUUAACUAGAUACAUAAUGGGAGAUGUUGAGUAGUCAUUUGAUGGCUUAAAUGUCAUUUUAUUGUUUGCAAAACAAUUUCUCAGACCAGAAAUCGUUCUUACGCUAUUUUCUCAGAUUUAUCGGGCUUUUUGAAAAGAGUGUUUGACCUUCCGGACAAGAGCGUAUGAAAAAGCUUGCCAGCAUGGCUUAUGUUUUCUUUUUCGGGUACAGUGACAUGAUUAUCCACCUCUCCGGUCAUCAUCAGUGCUUGGCGAGGUUAAUAUGAGAAAAGACAGGUACUUUGGAAUCUAGGUUUGUCACUAACGUACCCAUUUAAAUGCUGUAGUUUUAGCUUUCGCCAGGGGGCCUAGUUUUGAUGAUUUUCAUAGCUUUGGUAACGCUACAUUUACCUUAUACCAAAGAGAUCGAUGUAUUAUUUUAGUACCAUCUAUAUUUUUUAUUUUGUUGUUUUUGGACAUUCUUUUAUUUUUUAAUUUAAAAUAUUUUCUAAUCUGAUCUCUGUGAAGAAAAUAGGAAAUAAACUUAGAAAUAUAAACCAUGUACCCUUACGUAAUCUUCAAGAAAUUAUUGAACACUCUAACCGGUCGUCGCCUGAGGUACAUUUACGUUCAGUAGUGUAAAUAUUGAGAUAAGUAAUUUCAGGGGAGUCUAGG